AUGAGAGGAUUUGUAUUCACCCAUGUUACAAUUGCCUUCUUAUUAGAGGAUGCAGCUCGAUUGCCUGGAGUUCAGAACCGAUUCGAGUAUUUAAGAUGGCGCACGCGCCCAGCUUGCCGUGCUGAGGAGCCCAGCAACGCACAAGAGAACCUUCACAAGCAAACCAGUCUCCCUAGCAUCAAUCAUGUCAGCACCUUGGCAAACGGCCAACCUAGCGACAAUCCCGGCUCGGUCCAGCAAGUCCGCUACGGAAACACGAAUGGCGGCCUUGUCGUCCUCAGCGACACACAAACCAUUGAAAUUCUUGCUCAUUUCGCCCGUGAGCGUAUUCCAGAGAGAAGCGUUCAUGCCAAGGCCGCCGGCGCUUUUGGUGAAUUUGAAGUGCUGGACGAUGUGUCUGACAUCACAGAUGCCAAAUUCCUCACUGGCAUCGGCAAGAAGACGCCCAUUCUCACGCGCAUGUCCACCGUUGGUGGCGAAAAGGGCUCUAGCGAUACGGUGCGUGACGUGCGAGGGUGGGCGACCAAGUUUUACACGGAAGAAGGUAUUCAAGACUUUGUUUUUAAUGAUCUGCCCGUCUUCUUCAUCCGCGACCCCAUCAAGUUCCCGUCCAUGAAUCGUUCCCACAAACGUCACCCUCAGACCAAUGUCCCGGAUAACAGCAUGUUCUGGGACUUCCACGUCAACAAUCCAGAGGGCAUCCACGCCUUGAUGCACCUGUUUGGCCAGCGAGGUAUCCCAGCGUCGCUUCGCAACAUCAGCGGCUAUGGAGUUCACACGUAUACUCUCAACAAAUCAGAUGGCAGCUAUGUCUACGUGAAAUGGCACUUCAAGCCAGAUGACGGCAUCAAGACCAUGGCAGCGGACACUGCUCUUUACCUUGCGGGUGCUGAGCCGGACUACCACGUCAAGGACCUGUUUCAUGCCAUCAAAACUGGCAACUUUCCCAGCUGGACAGUCUAUGUUCAGGUCAUCCGACCCGAACAAGUCAGCUCGGCGCCGAUUGACAUUUUUGACAACACCUUUACCUGGCCCCAUGCGCUCUAUCCUCUGCGACGCAUUGGCAAAUUUACUCUCAACAGGAACCCAAACAACUACUUUCAGGACAUUGAGCAGGCGUGCUUCUCCCCCUCCAACAUGGUCCCUGGCAUCGGACCCUCUGCCGACCCGGUAUUGCAGGCGCGCAUGUUUUCGUAUCCCGACGCGCAUCGCUACCGUGUAGGGCCCAACUACUUUCAGCUGCCGCCCAAUAAACCCGUCAACUGCGUGUAUGCGCCGUAUGUACGCGACGGACCGGGCACCAUCAACGGCAACUACGGCGCUGAUCCAGACUAUGUCGGCUCGCAGCUGUGCCCAGUGUCGACGAGCAAGCGCGUGCAGAUGCCCACGCAUGAAGUGUGGUCUGGAAACGUUACUGCUUUUGCCACGCAGUUUGAUGAGGACCGUGAUUUUAAGCAAGCUAGGGAGCUUUGGCACAUCAUUUGCCACGAAAAGGGGGGACGAGAGCAGUUCUUGCACAAUAUUGUGCCCACACUCAAGGAUGUGCCCGACGAACUCAAGCACAGGGUUCUAGAUUACCUAGGCAAGGUUGACGAUGAGCUCAAAGCCCUGCUAAAGGCGGCGCUUCUUAAGUGA